ACCAAGAUUCAAGAACAUCUUGGAUCUUCCCCUUAACAGAGGUGCAGAAGAAAUAUAUUUGUCAGUACACAGAGAAGCACAGAAGAAAUAAGAAGAUAAAAGAAAAGAAAAAAUAGAAGAUAAAAGAAAGCUUACACAGAAGUGAGUCAUUCCUGGAUUAUGGCGCAUGCUUCACAUCUCCUCGUGGACUCACUGAAUGAACUACUAAAAGAUCAAAUGAAAACGUUUCGGUGGCACCUGAGAACUGAUUAUGGUAUUCCAGCUUCUGAACUGGAGAAAGCAAAUGUCUUAGAUACAGUAGAUAAGAUGGUGGCACGUUUUACUGAAGAAAAGGCUGUGAAUAACUCGGUAGACAUCCUAAAGAAGAUGGGCCAGAACCAGCUGGCUAAAAACCUCGAGAACAAACACAAAGAAAUGAGGAUUGUUUUGCUGGGUGAAGAUGCGUACGCAAUCAAUCGAGUAGGAAACUUCCUGUUAGGAAGUUCAGUGUUUGAGAGUGAAUUUUCUCCAGAUUAUCGCAGUGAGAGAGUCAGAGGAAAACACAUGACACUCAUCAACUGUCCUCAUCUGCUCCAGCCCAACCUCUCACCCCGUCAUAUCACACAGACACUGAGAGAGUGUGUGUAUCUGUCUGAUCCAGGACCUCUUGCCAUCAUGCUGAUCUUUAAACAUGACGAUGAGCGUUCAAGAGAAGAUCAAGAGCGUGUGGAGAUGAUCCUCAACUCUUUCUCUGACAGUGUUUAUGAACACGUACUGGUGAUGACAACACACGACUCAAACAGAGGUCAUCAGACUGUCAAUAAAAACAUUCAGCAAUGCAUAGAAAAAUGCUUGAACAGACACUUCAGACUGGAGACAAACAGCUCUCUUGCUGAACUUAUGGAGAAAUUACAGUCAAUUAUACAAAUGAACAGCAGACGUUAUCUGAUUUGUGAACAAUCUCUCACAAUGAUGAAGCAGGCAGAAGAAAGAGAUGUUGUAAAGCUGAAUGUGGUUGUGUGUGGAAGUGAAACAAGCUUAAGAGACAGAAGAUUAAAAAGCUCCAUCUUAAAGCUGAUGUUGAAAGAGGGGAGCAGAAGAUCAGACUGUGUGAUGAAGAUAGAGAUGGAGGUAUGUGGACGUCUGAUCAACCUGCUAGAGCUUCCAGCUCUCUUCAACACCUCAGUGUCAGAUGAGGAGCUGAUGCGUCAAUCUCUCUGCUGUCUGUCUCUCUGUCAUCCUGGAGUUCACGUGUUUCUCCUCAUCGGUCCUCAUCAUCCACUCACUGAUGACCGCAAAGUUGAAAUGGAGGAGAUGCACAGAAUAUUCAGCUCAAGAAUCAAAAAUCACAUCAUGAUUCUCAUAAUGCAGGAGUCUGAACACACAACAGCAGAACUAGACGAAGUCACACAGUCUGUUAUUAAGCAUUAUGCAGAACGGUUUCAUUUUUUUAAUCCAAACGCACGAGUGUCCACUUUACUGGAGAGAAUUGAGCAGAUGGUAGAAGAUAACAGUGGAGCUUCUUUCACUACACAAACAUUUUUAGAUGAGCGGAUGAAGAAGAUGAUGAAAUCUAAAGAGAUGAAGAGGAAAAUCCAACCACCAGAGAACACGGAUGCUGUGCGGAUUGUGCUGUUGGGUAAGACUGGAGUCGGGAAGAUUGCUACAGGAAACACAAUCUUAGGAAGAGAAGCGUUUAUAUCUGACAUAUCUCAAGAGUUAGUUACUAAAGAGUGUCAGAAAGAAACAGCUGAAUUCAACAACAGAUUCAUCACUGUGAUCGACACUCCAGGACUGUUUGAUACUGAACUGAGUCAUGAAGAGAUUCAGAGAGAAAUGAUCAACUGUAUCUCCAUGAUUCUGCCUGGACCUCAUGUGUUCCUCUUAAUGGUUCCACUGGGACGUUUCACUAAAGAAGAGGCAACAUCGGUGAAGAUCAUUCAAGAGAUGUUUGGUCAAACCUCUAGAAUGUAUAUCAUGGUGCUUUUCACCAGAGGAGAUAAUCUGAAGAAGAAAUCUAUUGAAGAGUGUUUGGGAAAUCCUGGAUCUCCUUUGAGAAACCUGGUAGAAGAGUGUGGAAACAGAUAUCAUGUGUUCAAUAAUAUUGAGACUGAAGACCGCACACAAGUUUCUGUUCUACUGGAGAAAAUAGACCACAUGGUGACAGCAAAUGGAGGGAGUUACUUCUCACUUAAUAUGUUCAGAGAUAUGGAGAGAGAAAAACAAAAUCAGCUCAUGAAGAUACUGAUAGACAGAAUUGAAGAAUUGAUCAGAGACAGAGAAGAAGAGAGAGAGAGAAUUAAGAUUAUGAAGGAGGAAGAAACAGAAAAUGAUAGGGUUGGGAGGUGUUCAUUAUCAUAAUCAAUUCAUGAGUUAUAGGGUUACAAAAACAGUUCUGGUGCGACGCAUUGGUCAAGCACUGUGUUAUGCAAGGGUUAUAGGGUAAAGGUUAUUUCAGUUGUAUAUCAGAGUGAUUAAAGUAAUGGAAAAAUAUUAAUUUUGAUUACACUUUAUGUUCAAAAUUAUGUGUAAAUAAUGAAAACCAGUUAAUGAGACAUGAGAAAGAGAGAGAGAGAGAGAGAGAGAGAGAGAGAGAGAGAGAGAGAGAGAGAGAGAGAGAGAAAGACAGAGAUGGCAAUGAAGGGGUGGCUUCUGUCAAUGCAAUAAAGUUAUCCUGUGAACUGUCCAUGUGUGGAUAUUAUCCAAAUGAUCUUUUGCUUAACCAAUCAUAAAAUGCAUAUUUACCCAAGUAAUUAUGUAAAUUAGUUGUCUCUGUUAGCAUAAAUACAACUGUAUUGGAUGUAAUGGCAGGUCUGCCUGGGAAACUCCUCAUGAGUGCUGAAGCCGACUCCUGCUGCAAAACUACAAAUCAUUUUUCUACAGUAAUUUUUUCUUUUAUUGACGUCGUCCCUGACUCCUUGUCUUAAUUGGUCAUAACUGUGGUCUAUGGGUCUUUUCUGUAA